AUAAUUAUAUAAAUAAUAAAGCCACUUUCGUUAAUCCCUGGAGCCCCAUUUCUGCAGUCACUGGGGAAUGGUCCUCCUCUGAGUAAAUUGAUAAUCAAGUCAUGCUGCACAUGUCUCACAGCCGAGAGCGCCUGAUCGCGAUUUGCCUGUCAAGAGCUGCAACAGUAAACAGGACCACUCCGCGCUGGGGCCGCUCCGAGCUGGGGACACUCCGCGCUGGGGCCGCUCCGAGCGGGGGACACUCCAGACUGGAGCCAGAGACUGGCGCCGCUGUUGGACAAAAGCCGCCUGUUGCUCCACCUUCCGGAGCGCGGAGAUUGGUUGUUGCCUCCGCGCUGUGGACGCCCGGGCUCUGACUCCGCGCUGGGGACAUUGUUUGCGAAGCAGCUCCGCGCUGGGGACGUUGUGCCUGUUUGUCUGUGUGUGCGCGCGUGUGUGUGUGUGAGAGAGUGAGCGGCAGCUCCGCGCUGGGGACGCGCUGGCAGCGAAGCAAAUCCUCCUUUAUCCAAAGCGGCGUUAAGGAGCGGGUAAGUGCAGAGACGGCGGGGAGAACGAGUCAAGCCCAGCUCGCCGAUGCAAAAGGCAAAAUGCAGCCAUCCAUCCUCACCAUCCUGUGUUCGGGAUUGUUGGGAUGUGUUUUGGGAGCGUUUCCCAGCAGCUUGCAAAUCGGUGCUCUCUUUCCCAAACAGCAAUCCCAGGAAUAUUCCGCUUUCCGUUUCGGAUUAUCGUUCUACAACACGGACACUUUGUACAAACUCAUCACCCAGACGGAGAACGUGGACAUUAGCAACAGUUUCGCCGUCACGAACGCCUUCUGCUCGCUGUUUGCUCGCGGAGUCUACGCGAUCUUUGGGUUUUACGACAGGAAGACGGUAAACACACUCACAUCGUUUUGUGGAGCCCUGCACCUUUCGUUCAUCACUCCCAGCUUCCCCGUCGAUACCUCCAACCAGUUUGUCAUUCAGAUGAGACCUGACCUACAGACUGCUCUCCUCAACCUCAUCGAACAUUACAAAUGGCAGAAGUUUGUGUAUAUUUACGAUGCAGAUCGCGGACUGUCCGUACUACAGAAGGUGUUGGACACAGCUGCAGAAAAGAACUGGCAAGUGACAGCAGUCAGUAUUGAGACUACCACUGAAGAAGGCUACCGGAUGCUCUUCAAAGAUUUGGACAAGAGAAAGGAUAGGCACGUCAUCAUUGACUGCGAGGCUGAUAAACUCACCACCAUCAUGAAUCAGAUCAUAAGCAUUGGAAAGCACAUCCGAGGUUAUCAGUACAUCUUCGCAAGCCUGGGUUUCCUUGACAUGGAUCUGGAUAAAUUCCAGCAUGCAGGAGCAAAUGUGACUGGGUUUCAGAUUGUGCGGCCUGACAGUGCUCAAGUAUCAAAAUUCCUUCAGCGCUGGAAAAAACUAGAUGGCAAAGAGUAUCAAGGAAUUGAAGGACAUAAACUGAAGUAUACAUCAGCUAUGACCUUCGAUGGAGUGCUCGUGCUGUCUGAAGCUUUCAAGUACCUACGCAAGACACGGAUCGACAUCUCUCGGAGAGGAAACGCGGGAGACUGUUUGGCAAACCCUGCUGUACCAUGGGGUCAAGGGAUAGACAUUCAACGAGCCUUACAGCAGGUUCGUAGUGACGGAUUAACUGGGAACAUUCAGUUUAAUGAAUUUGGACAUCGGACCAACUACACCGUCAAUGUGUUGGAGCUGAAAAGUGAUGGAAUUAGAAAGAUCGGCUAUUGGAAUGAAGAUGACAAGUUUGUUGCAACAACAGGGGACCAUCAAACUGGCAAUGACACCAGUGGCAUCCAGAAUCGAACAUAUUUUGUAACAACAAUCUUAGAACCUCCUUAUGUGAUGCUGAAGAAGAAUCAUGAUCAGCUAGAAGGUAACGAUAAGUACGAGGGUUACUGUGUGGAGUUGGCAGCAGAGAUUGCCAAGCACGUGGGCUUCAAGUACAAGCUUGCAAUUGUGGCAGAUGGAAAAUACGGAGCAAGGGAUCCAGACUCCAAAGUUUGGAAUGGGAUGGUCGGCGAGCUUGUGUAUUCAAAAGCUGAUAUCGCAGUGGCCCCAUUAACCAUCACCUUGGUGCGGGAGGAGGUCAUUGACUUUUCAAAACCUUUCAUGAGUUUGGGGAUCUCCAUCAUGAUUAAAAAACCCCAGAAAUCCAAGCCGGGGGUUUUCUCCUUCCUGGACCCCUUAGCGUAUGAGAUCUGGAUGUGCAUCGUAUUCGCCUACAUCGGUGUGAGUGUGGUCCUGUUCCUGGUGAGCAGAUUCAGCCCCUAUGAGUGGCAAACAGAGGAGUACGAAGAUGGACCUGAUGCCCAAAGUCUCGACCAGACCAACGAGUUUGGAAUAUUUAACAGUCUCUGGUUCUCUCUGGGCGCCUUUAUGCAGCAAGGAUGCGAUAUUUCGCCAAGAGAAGAGAAUUUUUAAAACAUCAGUUGAAGUCACCAAAACAGAGGCCAUCUACUUUUCAAGAACAUUCAGGUUUAUUCUGUCAGUUUGAAACUCUGACUCUGCAUGGUUAGGCCCAUACAGUAACCAAAAUGGUCCUGUGUGCAUUUUACCCUCCUGUGUGAAUUACAACCCGUCCUCCUCCACAACUAGUGAAACUCCGAUCAGACAGAAAUUGUGGAUUUAUCCUGCCAGCCAUUUUUAUGGAACAAUGGAGUCUGCUGAACUUCGUGGAAAUUUGCCCCAAAUAGUCCGUGAAGAGAUGUGUAUCGGCUUUAGUAAGUGAGGAAAAAUGUGGCAGAUGGAGUAUCAUGUGGGAAACUGUACGCCUUUCCAUUUUAGUGGGAAGAAUAUAGAAUCGGAAUGUUGUUUAUUAGAGUGAAAGAGAGACUGUAAAAUUCUCUUGUACAAAGAGAUGUUUGUCCAUGAUAAGAAUCAUAAAAGGUUAGCAUGUGGGCUUUGCUCAACCGUCAAGGAGGAUAAGACCAUGUUCAUCAUCUGGAGCGUCUAACAGGAUUCCAGUGGAUCCAUAGCUGAGCGCUAACUCUGAUCUACAGAUACAGCAAGUAUUUGGGAAAAUACUUAGGUGUUAUGGGAUUGUUGCACAAGACUCAAGAAGUCAAACAGCCUACUCCUGCUACUCAUUCAUCCAGGCUGUGCUAGUCGAGGAAUCCAAUUAGUUCCCACUCCUUCCCUAUACUUCACCUUCAAUUUUAGUUUGUAUCUGCUUAGACGUUCAAGCUCUUUGUUUCCACCUGGUGCCUCUGGUCUUUUUUCCUGUCACCUUAAAUCUGUGUUUGCUGGUUAUCAAUUCUUCUGCCAGUAGAAAUCAUGUCUCUAUUUAUUCUGGAAAAACCCUUUUUGGCACCUUUUAUCAAAACUCCUCUUCCUCAGCUAUAAGGAGAUCAACUCCAGCUUUUGCAGUCUCUCCACAUAACAAAAGACUCUCAUUUUGAGUACCAUUCGAGUAAAUCUCUCCUGAAUCCUCUCAGGGGAUUGUAAUCCUUGCUAAUUGGACUCCACACUCGGGCUGAGACCAUAAGCAGUCUUUUAUAAGGUAUUAGCAAACCUUCCUUGUAUAGCACUCUAUUUAUAUAUUUAUAAAGCCAAGGAUUCUGGAUACUUCUUUAGUUGUUACAUUUAUAUAGCACUUUCAAAGCAAUUUAAAACCAAUGAAUUACCUUUGAAGUAUAGCCACUGAUACAUGAAGCAUGGCAACUGACAUAUACAAAGCCAGCCCACACAAAGAGCAAUCUAUGAAAGAUCAGAGAAUCUAUCUUUGUGAUGUUGAUUGAAGGAUGGCUGCUCUGGGCUUUUACAAAAUUGUACCAUGGGAUCUUUGACUGCCAUGUCCCCAGUUGACAUUCCAUGGAAAAGGCAACACCUCUGACUGUGCAGCAUUCCCUUGGUACUACAAUAGAGAAGCAGCCUGGAGUGAGACUUCAGCUCACAAUCUGUUGAAUCAGAGGUGUGUGUGCUUUCAACAGAGCCACAGUCAAUACAUAUAUCAAUUUGAAAUCUGUUACUGUCACCCACUCAUAUGUCUAAGUUUUAUAACAUCUGUGAUCUUUUAAAUUAUGCCCUGUAUACCCAAGUGCAGGUUACUAAUCCAUAUCAAAUGGCGUAGUGGUUCUAAUAAUGACCCCAGGGAAUUCUGCUGUUAGCGUUUCUGUUUAAUAGAUUAAUGGGCUGUAGCUAUUGCUGGCAAUGCCAGCCUAUCAAUGCUUAUUUGAGAAGGUGGUGGAGAGCUGCCUUCUUAAACUGCUCCUGUCCAUGUGUGAUAAGUACAUCCACAGUACCUUUAGGAAACAAAGUUCCAAAACUUUGACUCAGCAACAGUGAAGAACCUAUGGUACAGGUCCAAGUCGGAAUGUUUUAUGGCUCAGAGGAGAACUUGUAAGGGGUGCUGUUCCGAUGCAUCUUAUCCUUCAUGGCAAUGCAAGUUGCAGUUUUGGAAGGUGUUAGGGAAACCUUGCUGGGUUACUACAGUGCACCUUGUAGAUUAUGUAACACUGCAGCUACUGUGGGCUGUGGGAAAGGGAGUAAACUUUUAAGAUAACAAGUCGGGUAUUAAAGGAAUGGCUUUGUCCUGGAUGAUGUCAAAACUGUAGAGCGUUUGCUGGAGCUGCGUUCAUUUAGACAAGUGGAGAGUAUUUCCAUCACAUUCCUGAUUUAUCCCUGGAGAUGAUGGUGGAUAGCUUUAAGAGUCAUAAGGUGAGUUCCAUCAUUCAGGCUACCUAGCCUCUGUCCUGCUCUUGCUAUUUAUUUGGCUGAUUCUGUUAAGUUUCUGGUCAAUGAAUUCAGAAAUAUGUUAAAAUUUAUGUUUCAUGUUUUUCUGUACUUUAGUGACCCUGAAAGUCAUUCUACAUGUUUUACAGAGCAGUGAGUGGACUAAAAUAGUUUAUUCACUGUCACAAACACCGAGAAAUUAUACUUGACCCUAUUAUUCAUUGAGUAAUGUACUGAGGAGUAUAUAAAAGCAUUUGAAACACUAUUUAGACACCAAGAAGUUUCACACAGUUUAUUAUUCCUGGUUUUAGGUUCUACUGAGUAUAGUGGAAGCUUUUUGUUCACUGUUUAACAUAAUAAGGAAUGUACUCAACGUUGCCAUUCACCAUAUACCUUUGAGUAUACUAAAUCGUACAUUUGACUACUUACUGUUUCAUUGAGUAUACUGAAGCAUUUCCUUCAGUGGUUCAGAUACUACUAAAUGUACUCAAGUUUAUCUUCAAUAUUUAAAUACUGAGACUAAUACUAAAUAUACUGCUUUACUAAUUUACUGCUUAAUGUACUGACAGUAUGGCACAGUAAAGGGUAUUAUUCAGUUUUCUGUAUUGAGAUACAAUAUUGUUUUUCAUUCACUGUUUCUGAUAGCAAGAAGCAAACUAAUGUCUACCUUUUACCUUUAUUUAACUCAAUAAUUUAUGAAUUCAGGAGUAUUUUACAUCUGUUUUAUACCUUGGCAUUUUUCAAACUCAUAUAAUUUGUUUUACAAAGCAAGGGCUAUGCUAGGUUCUGAAAUUCACUCCUUAAUAUAUCAAGGAUGAUACUAACAUCUAUUAUCCACUAUUACUGUACCGAAGAGUAUGCUAAAGUUUAUUAUACACUGCUUAAUGUGCUAAGGAUUAUAGUAAUGUUUAUUAUUCACUGCUUACUGUAAAAAAAAGUAUACUAUUGUCUAUUAUUUGUUGAUGAAUAUACAAAGGAGUAUACUAAAGCCAGAAUUUCAAUGUCUCAUGUACGGAAGAGUGUACUGGAGCCUAUUAUUUACCACAUAAUUACCAAAUUGUGCAGUGAAGGAUAUAGUGCACUGAGAAUGUUGUCCAAGUUCAUCAUUUCAAGUUUAAAAUUCUAUUGAGAAUAUUGAAGGUAAAUAUUUAUUGUCUGUCCACCAAACAUCUAUUAUUCACAGUAUUAUAGAGGUCAAUAAAGCCUUUGAUUGACUGUGUUAAGUACCAAGGAGUACCCUAAUGCUUAUGCUUUACCUUAUGAGGUACUAACAAGUAUAUUAAGGCUUUAAUUCAGUAUUAUAUCAAAUGAGGAAUUUUUUUUAUUUUAAAUGUAAUAAUGAGUAUACGAAAGCCAAUUAUUAAAUUGUAUGUAAUAGAAGUAUACUAUUUUUCACUAUUGAAUGUAUUAAGUAAUAUAUUAAAGCAUUUUCUUCACUGUUUACGCGUGGAGAAGUACAAUGAAACUGUUUAUACUAGAGUUAAAUUCUGUUGAGUACAUUGAAGCCUAUCACUCACUGCCUAAGUACUUUGGACUAUACUGGAUCAAAUCAUUGACUGUUUAAUGAACCACGAGUAUAGUGAAAAAUAUAAUUCAGAGAUUCAUGUGCCUGUAUUUCUACAAAAACUUAUCUUCAAUGAUUUAUUUAUCGAGGAAGAUGUUAAAGCAUUUAGUACACUGAGAGUGUACUAAAGCCUAUUUUUGCAGCCUUAUUGUAGCAAAAGGUGUACUAAAAUCUUUAAUUCACCAUUUUAGGUAGUAAAGAGUACUGAAAUGCCGUUUUAAAAACCUGUAUAAGGCAGUAAAGAAUAUGUGUUAAAAACUCUAAUUCAAUGCUUUAUUAAUUUAAGAGUACAUUAUAAUUUAUGUUUCUCAGUGUUAUGUACCCUGUUGUUGACUGAAAAUCAUUUUGCAUGUAUUUUAUAACAGUGCUUUAUUCAUUUUUAUUUAUUUCAUGAUAUAUAGUCAAGGCUCUUGUUCACUUUAUACUAUACUGAGGCAUAUGCAAAAUUUUUAAGGUGGUGUUCAUGCAUUGAGGGAAAUAACAAAGUUUAUUAUUCCUAGUCUUGAAUUCUGUCAAGUAUGUUGAAGUGUAUUGAACACAACAAGGAAUACGCCAUGUCAUUCUUUGUCAAUGGACUUUGUCAUUUCUUGUCUAUGAACUUUUGAACAUACUGGAUUGUAUCAUUAACUGUUUAACAUGCCAUAGAGUAGACUGAAAUAAAUCAAUUGAUGUUUCAGGUAUCAAUAGGUAAGACUCUGGUGAUCCAGAGAUCGGGCAGACCACAUCCUUUCCACGCCUGUUUGCAGUGCCUGCAUUAAUAUGUAACCCAUCCACUUCAUAAUAUGUUUCAUGAAAAGAAAUAUAAUGGAAGUUUUAACUUAAUCCUUUAUGAAUUUAGUAUUUUAAAUUAGUCUUUUACUGAAGUACGUACUUUGGCAAAUCCCAAAGGCCAUUGUUCAUAUAUAUGUACCAAAGCCUAUUUGACACUACAUAAUGUACCGAGGGGUAUAUUAAAGUUUGUAACUCACUGCUUAACAUACCGGGUUAUACUUAAGUUGAUUUUCACUGCUUAAUCUGCAAGUGGUGUACAAAACUUUUAAUUCAGUGCUUAAUAUUCUGACAGGUAUACUGAAAACUACUAUUCACUGUAUAAUGAAUCCAAGCUUAUACUAAAGUCUAUUAAAUACUGCAUAAUAUAACAUGGGUUAUGCUUUGUGUAUUAUUCACUACUUAUAUAUCAGUGAGCAUUUUAAAUUAUUCACUGCUUAAUGUACUGAGGAGCAUUCUCAAGCAGUCUACUUCUUUUUGCAAAAUGUACACGAGUAGGUUCACCAUAUUACUUGCUGAUGAAUUUGUUGAGAAAUUUAAUUCAAUGUUUUAUAAGUGCCAGAGUUUAUUAAAAUCUAUCUUUUACUGUUUCGUGUACCUGGUAAUAUAUACUGGCCACUCAACAAGUUUUACGUAGCAGCAAGUAUACACUAACCUAUUAUUUUAUGCGUAAUGUACCAAGGAGUACACUAAAGUCUGUUAUUCACUGUGUAAUGUACCAAGAGGUAUGCUGAAGCCUACUAUUUAAGCAUAAUUUAUGAAGGCAUGUGCAAUAUACCAUGUAUGAUAGAGCUUUAUAUUCACCGUGUAAGACAGCAAAGCAUGUGAUAAAGCCUUUUAUUGAUAUGUAAUUUACCAAGAAAUAUAUGAAAGCCUAUAAUUCACACAUAAUGUGACAAUGAGUACACUAAUGUGUGUUAUUCACAAUUAAUGUAACACAUAGUAUACUGAAGUCUAUCAUUCACUGUCUAAUGUAUCAGGAAAUUUUGUAAAGUCUGGUAGUCACUAUGUAAUGUGCCAAGGGAUGCACAUUCUUACGAACUGUAUUACGUACUGAGCCAUAUACUAAAACUAUACGUUAGAUGCUUAAUACUGAAGUCUGUUAUUUACUUUUCAAUUGACUAAGGAGUAUACCAAACCUAUUUAUCUGAAGACUGUAAUUCUAUGCACCAGUAACUUUGCUAAAAUAUCAUCAAUUGUUAUAGUCCAUUAAGUCCACGAAGGCAACACUUUAUUGUUAUAUAUUCCAAGGAAUAGCAUCAUAAUUCACUGUUUUAUGAAUUCAGUAAUAUAUUAAAACUGUUUCAUGUCCUGAGUGAUAUUCUGAAGGCUUUGUUCAGCUACAUGUAUCAUUGAAUAUGCUAAAGCCUGUAUUAACUUUGACAGAAUAGAUUAAAAAUCUAGAUAAAUAUUUUAUGCAUCAAGGUAUAAAAUGAGGUAAAAUGUCAAUCUUUAAUAAUUUAAUAAAGCUAAUAAGUAACUUUUUAAACAUAAUGAGGAGUAUAAUCAAGCUUAUUACUGUUUUAUCAAUCAAAGUGUACACCAAAACUGCCAAGAACUUACUAAAACUUGUUAAUCAUUGUUUACUUUCCCAAGAAGUAUACUAAUAUCUGUUACUUACUGUAUAAUGCACCAAAAAGCAUGAAAGAAUAUUUUAUAUCCUUUAUGUAACGAGGGAAGAAGCCUAUCAUUCACUGUUUCAUGUACCAAGGAGUUCACUAAUGACUUAAUUUCACUAGGUUAUGUGUCAAGAGAUUGAAUUUUCAUUUAGUUUUCUAAUUUUAGGAAUCUAUUUAAGUCAAUUUUUCUGUUUUACAUCUUGAGAAAUGCUCUAAAGCUUUUUAAAAAAUGUUUUUUAUAUGUACCAAUGAAUAUACUACAGUAUAUCUUUGCUAAGUAGGGUUUCAAGAAAUUUGUCAAAGACUUCAAUUCAAUGUUUUAUGUAUCAUGGUAUAAAAAAGAGCAAGCAGAUAACUUACUCCUAAUUGCAUUGGGAAAUCUGCUAAAGCCCUUUGUUCUCUGAUUUCAUUACUGGAAAAAUAUACUAUUAUUUGCUGAUCAUGUACCAAGGAGUAUAGUAAAGCCAUUCAUUCCCUACCCAAGAAUAAACCAAAGUGUGCUUUAACAGUUUAGUAUUCCAAGGUAAACGGUAAAAGCUGUUAUUGACUGAUAAUUGUAGCAAGGAGGAUACUGAAGCCAAUUAUGCGCAGCCAUGUUUAGUAUGGAGUAAACAACAAUUAUUGAUCACUUUUAUAUACCAAGGCUGGAUUACAGCAUGUUGUCACUACUUAAUGUUCCGAGGAGAAAACUGAGCCUAUAAUUCCCUGUUUAAUAUACCAAGUACUAUACUUAAAUCUAUUAUUCUUUGUCAUGUACAUUAAGAAGCAUAUUAUUCACUAUUAUUUACCAAUCUGUAUUCUAUAACCAAUUAUAAACAGUUCAAUGUACCAAAGAGUAUGUUGAAGCUAAUUUUUCAUAGCUUUAUUUAUUUUAUGUAGCAAGGAGUAUACUAAAGUCCAUUAUUCACGGUUUAUUAUAUUGAGGAGCAUAUUAAAACUUCACUUUCACUGUUCCAUGUACUAAAGAGUACACCGAUGUCUGUAUCUUUCAUAAUAUAUAUAUUCACGGUUUAUUAUAUUGAGAAGCAUAUUAAAACUUCACUUUCACUGUUCCAUGUACUAAAGAGUAUACCGAUGUCUGUAUUUUUCAUAAUAUAUAACAACAUAUACUACAGAUUUUCUGAGCUCAGAAGUAUAGCCUUUCACAUCUUGUACCUUGAAGCAUACUUUUGUUGAAUGCUGCCUAAAACCAGUGGUAAACACCUUUAAAUGCUAAAUACUGAAACCUGUGGGCAACAGAAACUGUAAGGAAGCGUUGUAAAAACUUCAAAGAGAGAAUUCAACAAGCUUUUAAGAUCCGACAAGUAAAGGAUUGUUAGUGGAAUGGGAGGGGCUUUUGAGUGUAUGGUGCUUAUCUAUUUGUCCGGAGAAUUCAAGCUAACUGUUGUGUAUACCCAUUUUUUAGCCGCAUAUGUUACAUACUGUAAAGUAUACUAAGCCUUAUUUUUCACUGUUACGUAUUGAGGAAUAUACUAAGGUUUAUCACUUGCUGCCUGUUGUACUGAGAAGUAUAAAAAUCCUAUCAUUCACAUACCAAAUAGGUCUACUAGUGUAUAUUUUUAAUAUAUUACUUAAUAAGGAACAUUUCAAACAUUUUUUUCAAUUUAAUGUUUCAUGAAUUCAGAAGUAUGUUAACAUCUAUUUUCACUGUUUUACAUGUCUUAACCGAUGCUGAAUAAUUUUUAACUUGCUUUAUUUAACAAUGAGUUUCCCAAAGCCGAUUUUUAUUGGUACAGAGAAGUAUGCUAAAGUCUAUUUUUCAUUCCUUAAUGUACCGAGAAGUAUACUGUACCAAUUAUACACUGUUAUAUACAUGAAGGAGUAUACAAUAAAUAGUCAUCCACUGUUAUGUGUCAAGAAAAAGCAUCUAAUUCAUGGCUUAAUAUACUGAUGCAUGUACUAAAUCAUAAAGGCACUGCAUCGAGGGAGUAUACAGCUGAUUAUUUUUGUGUGACCAAUUAAUCUUGUAAAACCUGUUAGUCUCUGCUAAUGUACUAAAUAGUAUAUACGGCCAAUUUUUCACUGUCAUAUGCACCCAAGGGAUGGGCAACAUAUACAAAGGUACAAUGAUUACCAUCAAAACCUAUUAUUCAUUUCUUAAUAUUGCAAGCAGUGUGCUAAAGCCUGUUGUUCAUAGUUUACGUAUUGAGGAAUAUGCAUGCUUAUUUUUCACUGUUAUAUGCUGGGAGGUAUACUAAAGCUUAUUGUCCAUUGUUUAAUUGACCAAGAACUUUACUAAAAUUUAUUUUUCACUACUUACUUUACUGAGAAUGUACUACAGUUUAUUAUUCAUCACAUAAUGUAUGAGAGAUAUACUAACCUGUUAUUCAUUGGUUAAUUUAUCAUGGACUAUACUAGAUAUAGUUUUCAGUGUAACACAGAAUAUAUCAAUGACUAUUAUUCACUGUUUCAUGUGUAAAGGAGUAUUCUAAGUGCAAUCUUUCACUAAUGGUGAUCGAAAUAGUAGUGUGAUCAGUAAGAGCCAAGCAAAUGCCAGGAGCUUGAAGGCAAAGUUAACAUUAAAACUUCUUUCAUUCAUAAAUAGUGCUUCAUAUAUUGAUAAAGUCAUUAAUAAAAGCUCCUACUUACUGCUUAACAUAUGACGAGUUAAUUGUACAAGUGUUUAAUUGCACACAGUUGUUGGGCAUUAACUAGGAUUCAUUUGUGCAUCUAAAAAUGCAGGCAGAAAUGUUUUAUGAUAAACAUUUCUGUGAUGCGUAGUAUUAUAAAUAAAACUAGAAAUGUGCUAAGAUUGGCUGAAGUUCUGUCCUUCACCAACUAACUCUGGACCAGAAUUCUAAGAUAUAUAACAAAACUUAUUUUUCAAGUUUAAUAUACUGAGCUUUAAACGAAAGCCAACUGUCUGCUAUGUAUUGUACCUAAAAUAUUCACUGCCUAAUAUACUGAAUAGUAUAUUAAUCAUCCACCAUUCAAUCACCACAAAAUAUACUGAGGCGUUUUCUUUAUGACAUAAUACGCUGAUGAACCUAUUGUUCGGGCAUUUAUUUACAGGUGAAUAUUCCCUGCUUAAUGUGUCAAGGAGUAUACUAGAACCUGUUAAUCACUUCUUACUGUACUAAGGAGGAUAUUGAAGUUUUAUUCUAUAUUACUCGAUCUACCAUGGAAUAUACUAAUGCUUAUGCUUAUAGGUUAAUGUACCACAGUAUAUCCUAAACUUAUUCUUCAUUACUUGUAUACUAAAGUAUGUUGUUCACUAUAUCACAUAAUAAGGAAUAUACCGAUCCCUAUCAUUCACUGUAUCAUGUAAGAAGGAAUAUACAAAGGCCUUUUAUGAGUAGCUUUAUGUAUUGAUCAGCAUACAUGAUUAUGUUUAUUGAGGAGCAUACUCGUGCCUAUAUUCAUGUAGUAGAGACAUCUAAAAAUGUAACAACCUUCAGUUCAUGUACUUAGGAGUACUCUAAUGUCUAUCUGCUUACAGAUUGUGUACUAAGAAUAUAUUACAGAUUUUAAUUCAAUGUUCAAUGUCUUCAGGAAUAUGUAGUCUACCUUCCAUUCUUUCAUGUUAUUUUGGUGUAAGUUACUGGUCACCCGUGAAUGCAGCUGAAAGCUGGUGAUAGAGUCAAUCCAAUGCUAAAUUCCAGUCUGAGACCUAAAGUCAACAAGAACCAAUGUUCUUGAAAAAGUUGUAGCAACUUUGAAGAGUAUUCAGAAAGGCAUGAAACUGCUAAAGAUGUCAGUAGAGAGGAGGUACUGGUGAGUUUGAGAGGAGUUUUAGGGUGCUGUGUUGUCCAGAGGAUUCAAUGUUUGAUGUUUAUCAGCCAACAAUUUUAUGUCCUGGGAAGCACAGUAAAGCAUGUUAUUCAUUGUUAGGUGUACUGAGAAGUAUUACAAAGGCUAUUAUUCAAUACAACAUGUAUUAUGAGAGCUACUAAAAUCAAUUGUUUCCUUCUUAAUGUAAUGAACUGUGUACUAAAGCUUAUUUCUUUACUGUUAAAUGAAUUGAGCACUAUACUAACAUUUAUUUGCAGUUUUUGUGGAUUAAAGCCUGCUUUUCAGCAUUUAUAUAAUGAGGAGCAUGUUAAAUUCUUAUUUCAUGGGAUCACAUCCUAUGGAAAAUGUUUUGGGCUGUCUUUUAUGUGUUAUGGACUAAGAUGUGUAUUAACAAUUUUAAUUCAUUUUUCUAUGGAUUUAGAAAUAUACUCAAACCUAUCUUUUACUGUUUAAUAUAAUCUCAGUGAAUACUGCUGGGUUGCUUGUGAAUCCAGUCCAAAGUGGAUAGCAAAUUCAGUCCAGCAUUAAAUAUUGAAAUCAGACCAAUAGCAAGAAUUGUUAGGAAAAGUUGUAAAAACUUCAGGGAGACGGUUCAAGAGGGCAUGAAACUGUUAAGAGGUAAAAGAGGAAUCUUUUGAUGGAUUGAUUUGAUUUGAUUUGAUUUUGAUUUAUUCUUGUCUCAUGUACUGAGAUACAGUGAAAAGU